UUUACACACCUUAUACUGAGUAACACAGUGGUCAAUAAUAUUCGUGUCUAUGUGUUUGGGAUUUAGACAAAGUGAGAGAGUGUGAGUUAAUGGGUUGGUAAAAGUAAAAAGGGGCAGAAGACACAGAGACACACACAGGGAAAGAGGACAUAAAACAAAGUGUUGUGUCCUGAGGUCAAAGGUCAAAUGUGUGAGUCACAUGGUUGAAACCAGGAAAUGGAGAAGUGGUAUCAAUCCACAGUCGCUUUCUUUAUCUUUACAGUAGCGCAGAAACAAGGCUUUUCAGGUUUCAGUAGUGACUGACUUAUUGAAGAUGAUAAGAAACGGAGUGGAACUUAAGCUCACCAAAGUUCAGGACUGUCAAAAUGGAAUAUCUAUAGACCUCUUCCUGCACCUGUCACUCAUACCAGCAGUGUUGAUUGUAGGGGUGCUCUCAUUCCUCCAGAGAAGAGCCCAGAGACUGGGCAUCGACCACAGACUGCCCUUCCUCAGGGGACGGUUUGCCAUUGUGGUACCUUUGGAUACUAUAGGCAGCCUCAGUAACCGAUGGUCCUAUGGAUUUGCAUUUGGUGCCGUUUCCAGCAGCGUCCUGCUGCUCUUCUCCGAACGUUACAUCCCUUUCACAGUCCCACCCUGGGCCAGAGCUAUCGUGUAUCUGGUUGGAGCUUUAGAAGUGGGUCUGGUGUAUUUCCCUUUCUUUGCCUGUCUGUCAACACCUUUCAGAGCAGCUGGUGCUUUGCUGGGAAUACUCUACUCUCUGUCCUGGAUCAUCGUUACAGUUUGGGACACAUUCACCUGUCCUGAUGGUAAGAUUUUGGGGAGACACCAGAAGAUAAUUAUCCAGUGGCCCUGCAUCCUCUCCCUCAUCUUCCUCUUGGGUCGAUUUGUCUACAUGCUGGUUAAAGCCAUUCGAAUACGUCUGCAACUGGAACAGGAGGACUCUGAGGAGCUGAAUGAGCAGCACCAGGUGGAGCAUGUUAAAAGACUGCUGAGGAAAGCACCUGCACACAGUAAGCCACUCAGCUGGUUCCAGAGCCGAGUGUAUGAGUGGGACCCCUACUUCAAAUUCCCCAACAGGAUCAUUGGCACCGCCAUUAUAUCCCUUAUAGGCCUAUAUACGAUGACUCUGGCAGACUACAGUCUCAGUAAUGUGGCUUUUACCCAAGUAGAAAAGUGGAAGAAUACACUGGAACAGCUGGUUUUGUCUUGUAACCAAACUGAAGGUCUUAAAGCCAUGAUACCAGCGCUGGAGGAAUUCAUCAUCGUGGCAAGGAAGUCUUGGCUGGCUACAACCAUCUUUGCUAGUCUCAACUCUGUUGCCUACACUUUCCAUGUAUUGGCAUGUUACAGGAAACACACGAAGAGACUGUGGAAAGGACAGAGGGGUUUUCUUCCUGAGAAGUUUCAAAAGCCUAGUUCCGCUGUCAGUGUAGCUUCCAUUGCAAGAUACUCUGGAUGGCAAAUAGCAUUUACACUGUGGGGCUAUCUGAUUGUCCAUUUUGUCCACUUUGUGUUUGCCCUGCUCUUGGCAUACGGGCUGGCUCUCCCUAUAAAGCAUGGAAGAGUGGUCAGCAUGCUCACUAAUCUGGGAAUCAUCAUUCUGACCAUCGGCCUUGUGAUCGGCCUGGUGAUUCUCCAGGUAGCUCUGGUUCAGAUCUUCUUCCUCCAGGACAAACUAUCUCCUACGGAUAAACAGAAACCUCUGGCUCUCAACAACAGGAAGGCAUUCCACUGCUUCAACUACUUCUUCUUUUUCUACAAUGUGGUGAUGGGGAUCAGCAACUGCAUCUUGAGGCUGCUGUUCAGCAUUGUCGUAGGAACAUGGCUGGUGUCCCGCAUAGACCGGACCAUCAUGCAGAGAGGAUAUGAAACCAUGGAUGCUGGCUACAGUACGUGGAUUGGAAUGAUCUUCGCUGACCACUAUCAUAACAAUCCAGUCAUGGUGUGUUUCUGCCAGCUGCUGGUCUGCAAUAAGCUGGAGAGCCACACCGCACUGAUAUACUCCACAUUCAGCAACAUGCCGCCCGAGCACCCUGUGAAUAGCCUGGCCAAGAGGCGCUGGAAGUUGUUUUAUACAUUACUGAGAAACCCUCAUCUGAUCCUGCUCAGAAAACACCACCUCUCCUCAUCUUCAUCGAUACAGUCAUCAUCGUCUCCCCAGUCAGACUUGCUGGUGCAGGCUUGGGUCAUGGCCUCACAAACGCAGAGUCAGCAAACAGUACUACCAGAGAUUACAGUCACACCAGCAGAGGACUGUUAAAGUAACAUUUCCAUAGAUUGUGCUCUUGUUAUAAAGUAUGGUUUGGAAUUCAAAGCUGUAUUUGAGUCUGCUCUGAGGCUGUUGUGAUACCAGUAUCACAGACUGUAUGCAAUUUAAAGCGUUUAAUCAGUGUGUCAUUGUCUUGAAUAUCUAUGCCUUUCAGUGACCCUUGUCUUCAGAGUUCACAUUAGUUCAUGCCCUGCAGGCCUGCCACUAAAUGGUCGAAACCAAAGCAUAUGCUGAAAAAGCAUAAUUUAAGUCAAAUUGGAACUAUUAUACUGUAUUAUACAGUAAAGAUUCAAUGUGAACCUUUGUACAUAAUCACAAUGUCACCUGUAACAUCAGUUCUAGAAAUAAAUCUGGUCAUUUCUCUAUUAAACCUUUAUGCACAACUUCUGUAUAUGAUCAAUAAACAUUUGGUGGCACUUCA